AUGGGGAAAGGUCUGGAAUGUGGUAGUGUCCUGGUCCUCCUCUCAACAUUCCUUGGGCUCCCAAGUGAGGGGUGCUUUAUUGAGGUCCUACCCUCCCCGCACUUGGGGUUUGGGGCAGGAGUCAAGGCAGGCUUCCUGGAGGAAGAACUGGGGAGGAGGGGCAGAACCACCAAAGGUGCCCCUGGGGACAGUGGAAACUAUGAGGAGUCCCUCGGGUCCAAGACUCUCCGGCUGGCCGGGCUGGUUGGCCCUGUGCCCCCAGGCGGGGUGGUUGCAGCUCCGAGGCUUCCUGACGCCUGCGAGCAGGACAGUCUUAAGAGCCAGACUUGGGCGCAAAGGGGGACUCUUGGGUCCGCCCUCCGGCCCUGGCUACUGGGCGGGGCUGCACCUGCAGCCGCCGGGCUCGUCGCCGCUGCGCACCUGGCCCAGCAGCCUCUGACCCGUUCUGGUGCCCUGACUGACCAUUCACAAAGACAGAGAGUGAGUCUCGCCCGGCCCCCGGAGGACUCAUCUGCUCAUCCAAGGAGCCCCGCGGAACCGGGGGGUGGCACCAGUGACCAGCCUGCCUCAAGGAGGCCCCAGCCAGACCAUGGCAUCUGUGACAGGGCCCCUGAGUUCCUAUCGCCAACUGGAAACCAGGCCCUGGAGCCUGCCCUGGGCAGUGUUGUGGCUCUGAACUGCACGGCCUGGGUGGUCUCUGGGCCUCACUGUUCCCCGCCCUCAGUCCAGUGGCUGAAAGACAGGCUGCCGCUGGGCAACGGGACCCACUAUGACCUCCAUGAAGACUCCUGGGUCAAAAACAACUUUUCAGAGGUGCUUGUGUCCAGUGUUCUGGGGGUCAACCUGACCCGUGCUGAGGACUAUGGGGCCUUUACCUGCUCCAUCCGGAACGUCAGCUCCUCCCCCUUCACCCUUUGGAGAGCUGGCCCAGCAGGCCACGUGGCCGCGGUGCUGGCCUCACUCCUGGUCCUGCUGGUCUUGCUCCUGGCGGCCCUGCUCUACAUGAAGUGUCGACUCAGUGUGCUGCUCUGGUACCAGGACGCCUACGGGGAGGUGGAGAUGAACGACGGGAAGCUCUACGACGCCUACGUCUCCUACAGCGACAGCCCCGAGGACCGGAAAUUCGUGAACUUCAUCCUGAAGCCGCAGCUCGAGCGCCGGCGGGGCUACAAGCUCUUCCUGGACGACCGCGACCUCCUGCCGCGCGCCGAGCCCUCCGCCGACCUCCUGGUGAACCUGAGCCGCUGCCGGCGCCUCAUCGUGGUGCUGUCGGACGCCUUCCUCGGCCGGGCCUGGUGCAGCCACAGCUUCCGGGAAGGCCUGUGCCGGCUGCUGGAGCUCACGCGCAGACCCAUCUUCAUCACCUUCGAGGGCCAGAGGCGCGACCCCGCGCACCCCGCGCUCCGCCUGCUGCGCCAGCACCGCCACCUGGUGACCCUGCUGCUCUGGAGGCCCGGCUCCGUGGCGCCGUCUUCAGACUUUUGGAAAGAGCUGCAGCUGGCGCUGCCGCGGAAGGUGCGGUACAGAGCCGCGGAGGGAGACCCCCAGACGCGGCUGCAGGACGACAAAGACCCCAUGCUCAUCGCACAAGGCCGCGUCCGGGAGCGCGGGACCCUGAGUCUGGAGCAGGACCCCGACCCCGAGGGGGACCUGGGUGUCCGGGGGCCCGUCUUUGGGGAGCCAUUAGCUCCACCACAUGCCAGUGCGGUCUCGCUGGGAGAGGGCCGGGGCAGUGAAGUGGAUGUCUCAGACCUCGGCUCCAGAAACUACAGCGCCCGCACGGACUUCUACUGCCUUGUGUCCGAGGAUGACGUGUAGCCCCCGCCGGCCCAAACAGCAAGUGCUCCAAGGACCGCUGGGUGUGGGGUGGGCUGGGAUCUUGCUCCCCUUAGCAGGACUACCAGCCCUGAGACCCUCAGGCAAGGAAGCUGCUCCAGUGUGCCUCCUUGUGCCAGAAAAUAAAGUCCUUUUAGAUCUUG